CGAUAAUUAGUCUCAGAUACACACACGACUAGCAGUUGUACUAUAGCGAUGCAUAGUAUGCCUCUGUUACGUAUUAGUCGAGGGUUUGCUCCCAACCGGAGCUCUGCUUUCCGCUUCGAAAGUAUACUACGCUUACAACGUGCCUAUGCUAGUUCUCUUCAACAUGAUGACGAAAAGAAACUGGCCAGUGUGGAUAGUAUCACAGACUUUGCAUCAAACGCACCUCUUGAUCCUGAUACAAACCCUACCAUCGAAACAUCUCAGAUGAAAACGAAUAAUGCAGAAGGUGUGGAGAAAGGUGUGGAUGCCCAGGAAGGUAAUCAGACGGAAGGUGCGUCUGUGAAGUCAGUCAAAAGUACGAAAAAGAAAAAGAAGGCGGAUGCAGAUGUCAGUUCUGAUGCUGACACGAAGAAGCCACGUGGGAAGAGCAAGAAGAAAGCAGCAGACUCCGCCGUCGAUGAAAUUAUGCCCAAGAAGAAAUCGAAGAAAAAGUCUGCAGCACCCGCCAAGGAAGCCAAGGAUGCGGCCACAACCGAAGCCGCCAGCAGAAACACGAGCAGCGGGUUAGUACUUGGCGUGCACGUGCUAAGCAAGAAGCAGACGACGAGUACUGUACUGACGAAGACGGACAAGGGUGCUACGCUGGCACCUGUGGACCACUUCCCCAAGGAAGAUAGGGAGAAGGAAGGCUUCUCACUUGCUCUGGAGAACGCCGUGCGUGCUGGGUUCAAUGGCAAAGUGGGAGAAGUAGUCCUAUCCCCCACACCCGUCGCCCACGGCGAGCAGGAGUACUCUGUGGUGGCCGUGGCUGGCUUGGGCAGCACUUCGGUCACAAAGAAGCCCAACGCUGACUUCCAAGGGGAAGGCGUGGUUGACGCAGAGGAGAAUGUACGCUUGGCUGUGGCUAAGGCGGUUAAGAAACUGCGUACCAGCAGCGUGGGGCGGGUGGAUGUGGAUCCCAUGAACCACCCCGAGGCUGCCGGAGAGGGCGCCGCCCUGGGUUUGUACACGUACGAUGCCCUCAAAGCCGAGAAAAACUGGGCUAGGUACGUAGAAGUGGCUAUGUUCCGCAAGAAUAAGACCUCCAUUCCCGUUACUGAAGCCGCGUUCAAUCGAGGCGCUGCACUGGGAGAGGCCCAGAACAUUGCCCGCAGGUUGAUGGACACCCCCGCGAACCUGAUGACACCCACCGUGUUUGUGUUGGAAGCCCAGAAGAUGUUUGCAUCGCAUGAGCAAGACCUGGGUAGGCUCGAGCUCAAGAAAAAAGGAACUCAUUGGACCACCUCGAAAAAGGACUCGCGCAAAGAAGCCAAAGCAGUGUCGUUUGUGGACGUGCGAGUAUACGACUUUCAAUGGGCGCUUGACCAAAACAUGGGUGCUUUCCUGUCUGUGGAUAAGGGUAGCAAUGAGCCUUUAAGAUUCCUCGAAGUGGAGUACAUCAACAAGGUGCCAGCUGACUAUCCGCCUGUAGUCAUGGUGGGCAAGGGCGUGACAUUUGACAGCGGAGGUAUCUCCAUCAAGCCAUCGGCAGGCAUGGAUCUGAUGAAGGGUGACAUGGGGGGUGCAGCAACUGUAUUGGGUGCUAUGUAUGGCUUGCACAGGCUGGGCGUGAAGGGACGCUUUAUUGCCUGUAUACCUCUAUGCGAGAACAUGCCCGGAGGCAAUGCUGUGAAACCUGGGGAUGUUGUCACUGCACGCAAUGGACUGACCAUCACAGUGGACAACACAGACGCCGAGGGUCGCCUUAUUUUGUGCGACGCUCUACACUAUGCUGAGGAGGCGUACAAGCCCUCGGCCAUCAUGAGUGUGGCCACCCUUACGGGCGCUAUCGAUGUUGCACUCGGUGCUGGUGCGGCGGGCGUCUUCUGCAAGUCUAACAAGAUGUGGGAUUGCCUGGAUGACAGCGGCUAUGUCACCGGGGAACGACUGUGGCGCAUGCCCACGUACAACCACUACGACAAGCAGAUGACCGGACAAGUCUCAGAUCUCAUCAAUGCUGGCGGAAGGUCUGCGGGCGCCUGUACAGCGGCCGCUUUCUUGCGAAACUUUGUGUCACCAACGACACAUUACGCCCACGUGGACAUUGCCGGGGUGAUGCACUCGCCCAGCGAUGGCAAGACAGGAUGUGCGAGUCCUUACCUCAGCGCCGGAAUGCAGGGAAGACCGACACGCGCCUUUGUAGCGUUCUGUAAGAAGUGGGUAGAAGAUCAGGUACAGAAAGUCUAAUCGGCAGUAUUAUGCAGUCGACAGACAUAGUUCAGAUUGAGUUGGUGUCACAUGCAGCUGAGGGAUAUAAACGUAGGCUGAGCAUUUGAAGCGAGACGCUAUUGGUAUUAUUAGGAGCUCGCACCAGGAAUAAAUGGCAUCAUAAGAUAAAUUGGCCCCAUCACCAAUGAUGUCAGUCCCAGCACCAAUGAUGUCAGUCCGUAUAGGCAAAAUAAUAGUUGUCUAAAGGGACAUGCAAUAAUUUCGUAUUUUGUGGAAUAGAUCACUCGUGCCGCGCACGCUUGGUCGGAUGGAUCCGUAGAAUACGUGCACGAAAUGGUAUCUGCAACCUUUUCAAUGCAUUUGGACCUAAGAGCUCAUAUGGAAACAUAUCUACGACAGGUAGAUAAAUGUUUUCGUUGCACAAAAACCUGAGGUAUCGUCAUAUAUGCCAGCGUCGAGCAGAAGCACUAAUAUCAAAUUUAUGGUCAAAGAUACGAGGCCGAGGUUUGAUGGAUCCCACCAUGCAUGAGAUAGAAGAAUAAACGUUUAUUUGGUUAGAACGCCAU